GGAGAUGCUGAGGCGGACUUUGGUGGUUUCUGCCCCGGGGAAGGUGAUCCUGCACGGCGAGCAUGCGGUGGUGCACGGCAAGGUAGCUCUGGCGACUGCUCUGAACUUGAGAACUUUCCUUCGGAUGAUUCCGCGACAUGAUGGAAAAAUCUCGCUGCGCUUGCCUAAUCUUGGGAGAAGGUUAAGCUGGGAAGCUGCUGACCUCCAGCCCCUGCUAGCAGCAUUUUCAGUUGAGCUGCCUGAAGCUCAGCCACCCAGCGCUGAGCAAGUGGAGAAGCUGAAAGAGUUUGCGGGGGAUGAUAGCGGACAUGAAGCAGUCCAUAGUGUAGCUGCUGCAGCCUUUCUUUAUUUGUACUUAUCUGUUGCAUCUAAAUGUGGGUUUAUGCCAACAGCUGACAUCUUGGUCUGGUCUGAGCUGCCCACUGGAGCUGGGUUAGGCUCCAGCGCAGCCUACUCCGUCUGCCUGGCAGGGGCGUUGCUUUCUGGAUGUGGAGUCAUCACCUAUCCUCUGCGGGAGGGCCAAGUUGUAGCUAGGUGGACCGAGGAGGAGCUGGACAUGAUCAACAAGCUGGCUUUCCGAGGAGAGCAAGUGAUCCACGGGAACCCCUCUGGGGUGGAUAAUGCUGUGAGCACAUGGGGUGGAGCCUUGCGGUAUUUUUCAGGAAAAAUCUCCUCGUUGAAAAGCGUGCCUACUCUGCGGAUUUUACUGACCAACACUAAAGUUCCGCGGAGCACCAAGAUCCUGGUUGCGGGGUUUAAAGACAGGCUCCUGAAGUUUCCUACUAUAAUGGAGCCGGUGCUCACUUCAAUAGAUGCAAUUUCUCGGGAAUGCGAAGGUAUUCUGGAGGCGAUGGCCAACGAUCUGUCACAGGAAUGCUACUCCAUGCUGGAGGAGUUGGUGGACAUCAACCAGCAUCUCCUGAACGGGAUCGGGGUUGGCCACGCCCUGCUGGACCGCGUCUGCCAGGUCACUUCUUCCCAUGGGCUGCAUAGCAAACUGACUGGUGCUGGGGGAGGCGGCUGCGCCAUCACGCUGCUGCGGCCAGGCACUGCUCCUUCGGUGGUGGAAGGUGCCAUCCGAGACCUCAGCAGCUGUGGGUUUGAGUGCUGGGAGACGGACAUUGGGGCGCUCGGAAUAAGCGCACACUCGCUGCCUUCCCUGAAAACAGAAGUGCAGAAGGUUUUGAAGGGAGUUAAUGGUGGUGGUGAAGACUGAAGUUCCUCCUCCCAGGAAUAGCCCUGACUUGGCGUGGACGCCCAGGCAUCUUCCAAGGCAGCCCAGCAGAGCUCUGUCGGUUCAGGAUGGGUGCAGGUGUUGACUCAGUGGGAGCGGGGGCUGCUGAAGGAAGAGGGGCCGGCAGCCGUGGUCUUCCUGCCCACUCCCCUGCUGUUGCCUCGGCUGCACCUGCUAACGGGGGGGGUCUUUGGUCGUGCAAGCAUAAGUCAGGUCCUUUCCUGCACCUUUUGCACAUUCCCAGGUCACAGACCCUAAAAAAGCCAGGCAGGAGGCAGGAUCCCUCUCUCGCCUGUGACACCCCACCUCCCGAAUCUCUCCUUGGUGAUCUUCCCACAAUGCUACCGGACAGUGAAGCUUCCCUUAUCCCCCCCCCCCAAUUGCUUUUCCUUUGCCAUUUGUAGCAGUUCAAGGCUGCCCCCUCACAAAAGAAACCUGUCCAGUUGCACUCUGCCGAACAGGGACAGGGCCUGGCAAGUUUGCUCUGGGAAAACAAGUUAGCUGUCUCUCUUCUGACUUGUCUCUAUUUUUUAAUGCUUCCCCAGGGAGUAUUCCAAACAUGAGCAUUACUGCAACUUUGCGGCGCCUUCCCUGGCCUGCGCUGAGGUGGGGAGGGGGGGCAGGCUCCCUCGCUAAUGAAACGCUAAGUGGCUUGAAACAGCGACAAACGUGACCUUUUAAAUACCCUUGUAAUAAGCAGGUUUCUGUCAAGGCUGCAAGUUUGUCUUAUUGCAUUUGGUGGGUUUUCAUUGCUGCUGGGGUAGCUGGUUGAGUCAAAAGCUUGCAAGUUGAGAGGACGCACUUUCCGGGGUUCUGAAUAAAGGCUGGGUAUUAAAGAUGGCUCUUCUGACCGUG